AUGAUGCUACGGAGAUUUUUUUCAAGUUGUUCGGAAGCCUUGGUCGCCGACCGGCGCUGCUUUGCGGCCAUAAGUUUCCGACCAUUUUUGCUGCAGGCGCCGCCCAGCUCCAAUCGCUCCAUCCCAAGCGUAGAGACGCCAAAUUCGCAGUGUAUAGUGCCCCCAAGUGCUUACGCUGCUGCCGAGUUGGUAAAGACGAGGUCACGUGCCUGGUCACCGCUUCAGCCCUGCACUGUGCACCAUGCGCUAUUCUCUACCGCGUCUCCCACCUUCGAGGUGAAACGUCGCCCAGUUAACUCUCGAAAGGGUCAGAUAGUGACACUUACAUCAAACGCCAUCAAGCGGCUUCAUGAGAUAUGCAACACCCCCGGGAAAAUAGUCAAGCUACUGUUUGUAGUUAAAGGCUGCAACGGGUACUCUUAUGAGAUGGAACUCGUGGAUAUCUCCUCGCUUGACGCAAUGGACGAAAUUGUCAGGGACCAAGCGGGGGCACCCGUGUUGGCCAUCGAGAACAAGGCCGCAUUCCAUUUGCUCGGCUGCCACAUCGACUACCAAGUAUCGCAACUAGAGGAGGGGUUUGUCUUUGACAACCCUAAUGUCACAUCAAAGUGUGGUUGUGGGCAAUCGUUUCAAUUCUGA